AUGGAGAAGAUUGAUGAUAUGGACAAUGUAACGUGUGACACUGUCACUGACAUUGACUACGUAACGUUACUCGGGUCAUCAACGCCUUUGUCUAUAGUGGGAUCUACCAAAAACCCUCUGCCAGGCAUUGCCUACCAUCAUCGUCUCAUUGUCGCAACCUGCUGUUGCUUCAUUACCGUCCUCGGUCUCUUUGGAAAUUCUCUGGUGGUCGUCGCCGUUAUCGUAUCUAAAAAGCUUCAGACGACCACCAACAUCUUGGUGACCAAUCUCACUGUCGCCGACCUUUUCACGUGUCUCAACUUACCAUUUAUGGUCGUAGGUCUAAUUGAUCAAGGCGAUGAAUAUCCUCUCCCUGAAAUUAUUUGCUCGAUCGUCGCCGGUUUCAAUUUGCUGUGUCUCGGGGUAAGCGUGAUGACCCUCGCCGCCAUAGCUUUCAUCCGCUGGUACGUCAUCUCGAAAUCGAUACGCGGUCAUCGCGGGCUUCACACGCCACGAAAGAUCGGCAUGAUAAUCCUCGGAAUCUGGGCGCUGAACAUCACUGUAGUGUCGCUCCCGCUUUCGUUGGGCAUCGGGGAGAUCGGUUAUUCCCGCUAUUAUUCGCUGUGCACCGUGACCGACACGAACCCCCUCCGGUUCUACUUCGUCCUGCUCCAGGCAGGUGUCAUAGUCGUCGCCCUCGUCAUCACCGUAAUCUUUUAUCUCCUCAUAAUGAUACACGUCAUGCGACAAACCCACCAAUUUCGCAAGAAGUUUGCCGACGACAACGGAUCUGCCGGGCCGAAAGUUCCCUCAUCAAAAGCUCAGGCGAAUUCCAGAGCCAUGCAGACAGCCUUCUUGAAGCGCGAAUAUGAAAUUACCAAGAAUCUCUUCGUCGUUGUCUGCAUCUUCGCGAUCUGUUUGAUACCAAGCCUCGUCAAUUUCAUGAUACCAGGCAGCAGUGUCCUUACCCUCUAUGGGGCGAUGAUUUUGGCCUCCAACAGCUCAAUCAACCCUAUCAUCUAUGCCCUCAAACAUCCCAAUUUUCAAGAAGCGUUCAAGACUGUCUUUCGCUGUCGCAAGGCCGACGCCGUUAGCUCCAACAGCAGUAAGACCCGUUCUACUGGUUCCACCAAUCUGUGA